AUGGCGGAUGGUUUCAUGACAUUCUCUGCCUAUCUGGCUAGUGAGAAGUUUGGGAUCCCCGUCAUGACCUUGUGGACUAUAUUGCGGCCUAUGCCCUGGUUUGAUAAAGCUUCUGCGACGAUCAUACACACUUUUGAAGCACUUGAACGGGAUGUUCUGAGCGCUAUGUCAUCCAUGGCGUCCAAGCCUGUUCAUGUGGUCGGUCCAUUCCAGCUACUUAUCGAUAGAAUUCCGGAAAAUGAGAAUCAGCUAAAGCACAUUGGGUACAACUUAUGGAAAAAAAAAAAAAGAUAUGAAGUGUUUUCGGUGUGGCUAGACUCUCAGAUUCCCGAAUCAGUGCUCCACAUUACUUUGAGAAGCGUUGCAUUUUUCACAUCUCAACAGCUGAUUGAGUUCGGCAUGGAGAUUGAUAACAGCAAAUAUCCACUCCUAUGGAUAAUUAGGCCCGACCUAGUGAAUGGGGACUCGGGAAUAUUACCUUCGGUGUUCAAUGAAGAAACAAAGGGGAGAGCCUUCAUCAUUGCACGGUGCCUGCAAGAGGAAGUACUCGACCACCCUUCAGAAUGA